AAAAUGCCUCAACACCCAAAAAUCAAAACUCUCGAAAAUCCAUCCCCCCAAGUAGAGACAAACAGCGCGUCACUUUCACAAUCCGGGACAACAACCUUCUAGCGGCGUCGCCGGAGGUGAAACCAUGGCGGCAACUGAUGAAUUUGCAGACCUUGAACGCGCGCGGGAGUUGUUAGAUCAUGCAACUCGACUCCAGUACGAAGCAAAGCACCUGAUCAUGGCUGCAAUCACCAAGCGUCCAUCUCCGCAAGGUCAAACUUCUGCUCCUAUUACUUCCACCGUACCGGGGAUCUCAGCCCAACCGAAACUUCCGCUGCCACAAUCGGUUUUCCGGAAUCCGGACCCGAUACGGAUGAUGGAGCUCCGGCUGGAGAAGGAGAGGAUAAGGGAGGACAUUAUCACUGCUGAGACUUCGCGACGGCGAGAGCUUGAAGCGGAGGUCAGGAGAGAGCUCAAGUUGGAGCGAGAGUUGGCUAUUAAAACAGCCCCUGCUGAAGUACUCGGCGCAAUGCGGUUCGCUGCUCAUAAGAACUUCGUAUUCGAACCAUUCUCGUUUGGCACAAUGCCGAUAUCGGAGCCUGUGACCAACGGCUUCAAGUCGCCGUCCACCGCAUUUGAUUCGUUCUCGUUGCCACUGCUGAUGUCGGAACCUGUGAUCAACGGCUUCAUGUCAUCGCCGCCGCUACUUCCUCCUCCUUCAGACAUCGGCAACAAGAACAAGUUGAUCUUACUGGUCAGUCGCAUUAAAACUUUUUAUAUUUGAUUUGACAGUGUUCUGUUUAUGCUUUACUGUUUAUAUGUGACAAAGUAAAUGAUAAAUUGAAUGAUCAUUUGCAUUCCAAGAUCGGCAAUUUGUUUCGGAUUGUAUAAUGUCACUUGAAUCAUGAAAUACAAUGAAAGUGCAAAAUAAACAUUUCGAGUUUGCAGGAUGACCUUUUCGGGUCUUUGUUUUGCAAAUACAACACAUAGAGGAAGAGGACUACGCGUUCUUAGUAGCGUCUGCAUUGCCUAAGGUGGCUGUGCCCAUAACCGAUGCUAAUAUUGACAAACAAGGUUUAUAUUGGUUUGCUAUGUAGGCAUGUGGUAGCCCUUUUGCUUGUGGAUCAGCACUUUAAAAGUCAGUUUCAAUGGGGCAUCAUAGUCAUUCAUCAUGUAGAUUAUUUGUCCCAGAUCAUUAUACUAGGAUCGUUUACUAUGACAAUUUGUUAUAGUGACAUCAGUUUGAUUAAGGUACAGAAUAAUCAGGAUUAAUGGCUCUGGUGGAUCGUUGGAAAUUGAAUUUUCAUUUGUGGGUUCUCUUGGAGGAGGUUACCCUAUGUAUUUGCAGCAGUCCUUUAUAGUGGCCUUGUGUGAGAAAUGUCGUCUCUUAUGCAUAACUACUUUGGAAACACAGAUUCCUUCUUAAUUAUCUCGAAUCUUUAUUUUUUUAUUUUUUACUCAAUGCUAUUAGGGUCAAGCGAACGAGUGUGCCUGCAUAGAUACUAUUGAUAUUACAUUCAUUUGUCGGCUUAGUUAUGCAACAGCAAUGUAGUAUCCAAAAUUGAAACACAUCUUGCAGAUUUGCUAGACAGCACAUUUCUAGUCACUGUCAUGCCUUUUCAACUUACGAAUACCUCAAGUUGUUUUUCUAUUAUUCAUUCUAUAUUUGCAGCAGAGGGUAGUGCACUUCAUAUUUGGAAAUGCUGUUUAGGUUUUUACCAUCAGUCAGAUGUUUAGCAUUGAACUGUAAAAGACUGCCUUGGUAUGUACUGUGUAUAAAUAUCUUUGUUGCAGGAAAAACUAACCCAAAUCUUUCUGGGGGCAAGCGGAAAAGUUCACCAACAGUGGGUUCUAGUGAGCUGCCUCCAUUUGGGUUGAAAAAGAAACCCAGGGAGGAAUGGAGUUGCACCCUGUGCCAGGUUAGCGAAACAACUGAGAAAGGCUUAAUUCAACACAUAAAUGGUAAGAAGCACAAGGCCAAGGAAGCGGAAUUGAGAGCUCAGCAACUGGACAAGAGCUCCAGGAAUGCACCAUCUACACAGUUUUCUAAGCCUAAAGAGACCAAUGGUAUCACAAGCUCCAAAUUAGAGGCCAAACAAGUAAGGAAAUCACUGCUUGACCAUAAUGAAACCGGUGAUGGUUCAGGCCAGAAAUUGCAGGAUCAAGGCACUUCAAAAGAGGACAAAGGGGAACCGUCAAUGCCAGAAGACCAGUGUGGAGGGGAUUUGAAGAAUAAAGACAAGGUUGAAACGGCUGAUGGACUGGAGAGAAAUGAAGAUGUAGCAAAACAAAGUAGAUUUAAAUUUUGGUGUGAAAUGUGCCAAAGGGGUGCCAACAAUACAAAGGUGAUGUCACAACAUAUGAGCGGCAAGAAGCACAAUGCUAGGAGUCAGAAGGUUACACCAAAGAAUGUUUCAAGUGCAAGUUCCAUGGUAUCAGCAGAGGCUAGUAAGGAGCCAGAAGAUGCUGAUGCAGCCAAAGAAACACAUGAAAAGUUCAAUGCCAUCGUCGCAGAGCUAAUGAGAGCACAUAAUGCUGUUCUGGCAAAAGAAACAGAGAACACUGCAGAAAUUAUUGUUGCAAAUAGCGAUAAACCAGCUGAAUAUAAUCUUCCGAGUGCAAGUUCCGUGGCAUCUGCAGAGGCUAGUAAGGAGGCAGGAGAUGCUGAUGCAGCCAAAGAAGCACAUGUAAAGCUCAAUGCCCGUUAAUUGGGGACUGCCCGAUUAGCGUUUCACUCAUUGCAGUAUCAAACCCCAAUCAUGUAAAGUUUUGUGAAAAACCUUUGAAAAAUCAUGCAACCCUAAGAGCGUGAUAUUCGUCUUAGGUGAAAUUACAAUUAUCAAUCACAAGAAGCAAUACUCAAUUCUCCGGUUAUAUUUCGACCGAAUUA